CACCAUAAACCUACAGGCUGCGGCGUCCCUCCCCUGCAUCAAUAGAGAAGCUAGCCUCUGAUUUGGCACCGUUGUCAUACGCAGAACAAAAAUGGAAGAUUCCAGCUGUGAACAUUCUACUGGAGAACUGUGUGCUGGGUAUCCUGGGAAGGAGAUGGGCCAUUCUGAACAACCUGGGAAGGAGAGUGACAUCAGGGAGACCCAGACAACAGACAUGGGCCUGCAGCAGGAAACGUGUGAUGUGAACUUUCCCCAACCUGACAACACAUCAACCUCACAGGUACAGGAGAGCAGAGGCAAUAUAGGAAGGCAUGUGGUGAAACACAUUGGUGAGAAACCCUACAUGUGUGGGGAGUGUGGGUACAGGACAAGUCAAAGGUCUAAGUUAUCCCGGCAUAUGAUAACCCACACUGGAGAAAAACCCUACAAGUGUGACCAUUGUGACUAUUCUGCUGUACAGAAAUCUUCUUUAGACCACCAUCUAGCAAAACACAGUGGCAACAAACCCUACAUGUGUGGGGAGUGUGGGUACAGUACAGCUCGGAAGAAUGACUUAUCCGUACACAUCAGAAUCCACACAGGAGAUAAACCCUACAAGUGUGACCAGUGCGACUAUUCUGCAGCAGUGAAAUCCACUUUGGACCAACAUCUAACCACACACACUGGUGAGAAACCCUACAUGUGUGGAGAGUGUGGGUUCAGGGCGGCUCAAAAGUCAAACUUAUCCCGACACAUGAGAACCCACACAGGGGACAAACCAUACAAAUGUGACCAGUGCGAAUAUUCGGCAGUAGAAAAACAUCAUUUGAUCGGCCAUCAAAAAACCCAUUCCGGUGAGAAACCCUUCAUGUGUGGGGAGUGUGGGUACAGGACAGCUGACAGAUCUACGUUAUCCCGACACAUGAAAAUCCAUUCAGGAGAAAAACCCUACAUGUGUGGAGAGUGUGGGUACAGGGCAGCUUACAAAUAUAACUUGUCCAAGCAUAUGAGAACCCAUACAGGUCAAAAACCCUACAAGUGCGACCAGUGUAACUAUUCUGCUGCACAGAAAUCUACCUUGGACCAACAUCUAAUGAAACACACUGGUGAGAAACCCUACAUGUGUGGGGAGUGUGGGCACAGAACAACAACAAAGUCUGGCGAUGUUGAAGUUUUGGAAGAUCCGUCUGAGUUUUUCCGAAACUCCUUGGACAUAGGGGAUGUGAUGGCGGGGUUCAUGUGUCUGCCACCUAGUAAAGAGCUUCAUGCGGAACAAACUGAGAACGAGACGCACAUCAAAGAGGAGCCGACAGGAGACACUGGAUGGCAGCAGUAUGGGCAAGAGAACGUGCUGUGCCAGGAAACGUACAGUGAGGACCAGGAAACCUACGACUACCAGCCAACCGGACAUCCAUGGAACGAGACUUACAACAAGCAGAAAUGGAAGAUUCUAGCGGUGAACAUUCCUUGGAAGAGGAGUGUGUUGGACAUCCUGGGAAGGAGAUUGACCAUCCUGGACACCCUGGGAAUGAGAUUGACAGCAGACGACGUAUGA